AUGGAAGACAAUUAUGUGGAAAAGAGUGUUGUGAAAUAUGUGAAUGGUAUAAUUGUUAAUGUAUCUGCUGAGAGAUUUCCAGUUACUUCUUGGUCAAGAAUAGUUCAAAAACCAUCAACUGCUAAGAAUAAUGCUUAUGCCAGUACUACAAUUCCAAUGGAGGGGUCUACUCCUCAUGUAACAACUACUCAAGCUCCAAUUAAGUACAAUUUUAGAAAAAAUCCUGGGAAAGGAGUUUGGGUAGCUGAACCAAAAGUAACUUGUAAUGCUUCUUUUUGCAAUAAACUGAAUUUACCUGGUAUGCAAUGCAUGGUAAUUCACAAUUCUGUUUCUAAUAAAAAAGAUAAUUUAUGGCUUUUCUGGAAUAAAUCUUUGCCAACUCUUUCAGUAGUUUUUAUGUCUAGUCAGAUGGUAACUGUUAAUGUAGGAGGUACUCUAGUCUCUGGUGUUCAUGCUCAUGUUGGAAUUGUUCAAAGAAGGUUCCUCUGGUCUGAGAUGCAAUUAAUUAGUGAAAUUAAACUUCCUUGGUUGAUUCUUGGUGAUUUUAAUGCCAUACUUUCUUCUAAAGAAAAAUGUGGAGGGGGGUCACCAAAUAGAAGAUUUAUGAUGGAUUUUAAUGAGUGUGUCAACAAAUGUGAACUGCUGCAAGCUCCAAAAACUGGUUUAGCUUAUUCUUGGUCAAAUUGUCAACAUGGUAAUAAAAGAACUUUAUGCAACUUCGAUAGAGCCAUGUUUAAUCAAAUGUGGCUUCAAAAAUACUCAGAUUGGGGAUAUACAGUUGGAUUGAGGGUGGUAUCUGAUCAUUCUCCUUUAUUGGGUGGUAGUGCAAGUAUCCCAAAACCUGCUAAUGUUCCUUUUAGAUUUCAACAAAUGUGGUUAUCUCAUCCGCAGUUCAUGGAAGCUGUAAGUAAAUGCUGCUUAAAAAAAUUGAAACAAGCAUUACAAGAUUGGAACUGGAAUGUUUUUGGCAAUAUUCAUGUUCAAAUAAACGAUGCUGAAAAGAAGAUGCAAGAAGCUAUGAAAGAAUCAGAUAAUAACCCUUUUGAUGACACAAUUCUAAAUAAAUUGGUGGAUGCUCAAAAUGAGUAUAAUUCCAAAGAAGUACAACUAAAUACAUUGUUGAGGCAUAAGGCUAGAGUUAAGUGGGUUAAAGAAGGAGCUGCAAAUACCAAUUUCUUUCAUACUUCACUUAAAAUAAGGCAAGCAAGAAAUUAUAUUAGUGAAAUUGAAGAUACAAAUGGCAAUAUCAUCUCAGACCAAAAGCAAAUUGCUGAAAUCUUAAUUCAGCACUUUGAGAAGAAAUUUGAAUUUCAUGAAGUUGAGCAUGUAGAUUCCUUACUGGAUGCCAUUCCUUCUGUAAUUACUAAAGAAGAUCAAGAAAUGCUAGAUGUGAUUCCUAGUGAAAAAGAAAUUAAGGCAACUUUGUUUAACAUGGAUCCUAACAGCUCCCCAGGUCCUGAUGGUUUUUCAGGUUGCUUCUACAAAUCUUGUUGGCACAUAAUCCAUAAGGAUAUUGUUCAAGUAAUUCAGUUAUGCUGGAAAAGAAGGUUUAUCCCAAAAGGUUUGAAUUCUAAUUUUCUUGUUUUACUUCCUAAAUCUGAAGGUGCAAAAAAUCCUAACCACUUCAGACCUAUAGGCCUUAGUAAUGUGAGCUUCAAAAUCUUCACAAAAAUCAUUAGAACUAGAAUGAGUUCACUUAUGUCCAAAUUGGUAUCUUCACAACAAGUUGCUUAUAUCAAAGGUAGAUGCAUUCAGGAACAAAUUGUGCUUGCUUCUGAACUUGUUAAUGAAAUGAAAAAGAAAAGAAGAGGUGAAAAUAUUGGAUUAAAACUAGAUAUCUCACAGGCUUAUGAUUCUGUUAGAUGA